UUGGAUGAAGGUCAGUAGAGUAGAAAGAAGAGGAGAAGAAAAUAAAAGGGAGAGUAACCGUGUGGAACCACCAUGCUGUAAUCACUGUUUGGUGACUGAGUAAACGUCUAGGUGUGAAAAAGCUACACCCACCUGCACUCACCUCCACUCGCCACUCUUUGCUGACCUGAGUCUGAUGGCAAAGAAUGACCCGAACGAUCCCCCUCCUUCCUAUUCUGUUGCCGUGCACACCCAGCCCCCCCUCAGGUCCUAUGAGGAGGUGGUGUAUGGCGUGGGUCCAGGCCUGACACCCUCCGCCUAUCCACAAUACAUCCCCCAGUAUGGACCACCUGUGGUUGUUACCCAAGUCCAACAGUCAAGCAUACCCCCCAGCAGAAAGAGGAGGAGAUACUGCGAUGGUAAUGCCCAGUGUUACGGAGGGUCAGGGGGAACUUUACUGGUGCUCGGGCUGCUGGCACUGGCCAUCUGGCUUGGAGUUCGUUAUGGCACCCGGUUGGCAACAGCAGCAAUCCUCAACACAGAGCCUAGUGAUGAGAAAGAUGAAUAUCUGUCUUUGCCAAACUCUGACACCUGCCCCAACAACACUGUCCUAUGUGAUGGAAUAAGUGACUGCCAACUGGGCAGUGAUGAAACAAACUGUGUGAGGUUUGGCAAGGACAGGAGUCUGCAGGUCAGGACAUCACAAGAUGGCCGCUUCCAACCAGUGUGCUUCAAAAACUGGAACAAGAGAUACGCCGACCUGACCUGCACUCAACUGGGAUUUAGAGAGUCCUAUGUCAGCAAAGCAGUUACAUCCCAGGACUCCAUUGGUUUAACAUUGACUGACAGCUCAUCUUCCCAUAUCCAGGGUCUGGUUAACGUCAGCCAAUCCUGUCCAGACCAGGAGACUGUCUCCCUGCAGUGUGUGGAUUGCGGUCGGCAGGAGUCGACAUCCCGGAUUAUUGGGGGCACCGUAGCAAAGGUGGGUCAGUGGCCUUGGCAGAUGUCGCUGCACUUUAGAGGAUCCCACACCUGCGGAGGAGUCUUGAUCUCUCCUGACUUUGUGCUGACCGCUGCCCACUGCUUCCCAAGCAGCAACUCUUUAGCUCUCUUGGAGAGAAACUGGAAAGUGUAUGGUGGAGCUGUGUCUCUGGAUCUACUACCUGAACCCUUUUUGGUUGAGAGGAUCAUACUCAAUGAGAACUACAACAGCAAAACUAAUGACCAGGACGUCGCUCUGCUUAAACUUACAUCUCCAGUUAGUUUCGAUGCUAAUGUCCAUCCGGCUUGUCUGCCAGCUUUUAAUGAGCAAGUUGACAAUGGAAGGAGGUGCUGGACCUCAGGUUUUGGCACCACUGAGUUCGGAUCAGGCACUGUCUCCAGGGAACUGUUGGAAGUGACUGUGGACAUCAUUAGUACACGAGUGUGCAACAGCCGCAGUGUGUAUCGAGGCGCCGUGACCAAGCACAUGCUCUGUGCCGGGGACCUCAACGGAGGCAAAGACUCCUGUCAGGGUGACAGUGGUGGACCUCUGGUGUGUGAGGGUGCGAACCGUUGGCACCUGAUCGGGAUCACCAGCUGGGGAUCUGGCUGUGGUGGAAGAAACAGCCCUGGCGUUUACACCAAAGUCCAAAGUGUUCUGCCGUGGAUCUAUAGCAAUAUGAAGAAGAACACAUGAACUAAAUGAAUAAUAAAGAGAUCAAGAGCCAUGGUGUCCCUUUGUCUCCUGCUGGCGGUCUACUCCCCCAAAUCCCCCUUCCCUAAUCAACCCUGCACUAUGAAGUUGAGACAUGGAUGGAUUCACACAUAAAACAAUGAAUUAAUGAGGAGAUACUUAGAGACAGAAAAUCACACAGGUGAACUGCUUGGUGGCUGUGAUGUGUAUUACCUGAACCUGAUUAUUGAUACACACCAAUCAAUACACUGACUUCAGUCUUGCAUUCUUGAUUUUAUUCGUCUGCCUCUUGGUGUCACAGUCAUACAGUAUUCUUGUGUUUGCCUUCUUUAAAGAUGGCUGGCCCUUCUCUUAUGUGUUCUGUGCCAAUGAAACAGUCUACUGUGAUCUCCUUUGUUCGUUUGAAAAUGAUACUCUUUAAAAAUGAUUUAUGAUUGUAGUCGUGGGUUUUUUUUCCCUCAGGGACGCAUCUCAGGUGUUUCUAUCGUGACUGUUGUUUCCCAUAUUGAAAUAAAAAAGGACACUUUACAAUCA